UCCAAAUCUUAAUCCCAGAUAAUAAUUCUAGCCUUGAAACGUUCUUGCUUCUUAUCCUCGAAUCCCUACAUUUUAUGCUCCUUUCAACAUAUUAAGAGCCAUCAACACUUCGUUCAUAUCGAGGAAAACAACAACAUACAACCCAAAUCAAUUUCUUACAAUUCAUAGAAACCCAUCAUCACCAUGAGGCUGUUUUACGUUGGUAUAAUUCAAAACGAGACCAAGCCCGGCGUCGAGAUAUGCGCUGAAAAGGAGCUGAGUACCUACUCGCGCUUCACCCGUGACAACUGGGCCGAGUUCAUGAGUGUAUUCGCGAAAACUGUAGCAGAGCGGACCAGGCCAGGCCAGAGACAAGAUGUUGAACAACAAGACUACACAUUCCACGCCUACGGACGCACGGAAGGCGUAUGCGGCAUCAUCAUCUCAGACCAGGAGUACCCGGCAUUAGUGGCCCACCAGCUGUUGUCGAAAGUCGUGGACGAGUUCCUGGCGGCGCACCCGCGUUCCGCGUGGGCCUCGGGUCAGAAGAUUUCCAUGCCCGAGCUCAAGGACUAUCUCGCCAAGUACCAGGAUCCCCACCAGGCCGACAGCAUCAUGAAGAUUCAGCGCGAGCUUGACGAGACCAAGAUCACCCUUCACAAGACCAUCGAGAGCGUCCUCCAGCGUGGCGAGAAGAUCGACGACCUCGUAGCCAAGAGCGACGGUCUCAGCAACCAAAGCAAGAUGUUUUACCGUACGUCACUCUACCCAUUCCUUUUAUACCCCGGCCUCACUCCAUCCCCAUCCCUCCAGCUUGCCCCCCCUUAGGCCUAGGAGUCAUGAGGAUGGGAUAACUGACUUGCUGUGCAGAACAAGCAAAGAAGCAGAACUCG